AUACUGGUCGACCCACUGUUCCACCGUCACACAGGUCCUCACUUCAGACUCCAGAGCGACGGCUCCAGUGCACACGUCCGCCUCCCAGUGAAGACUGUUAGCUGCUAACUGGUUCACGACACACUGGGUAAACCCAUGCUGUAGAUUACGAAAAGGUCUGGUGGAGAUAUGAAUCUUUCCAGGAUCCAGAUUCUGCUGGCGGGGAUUCUCAGUGCAUUCGCCGGUCCAGUCCUCUGCUCCGAGGACGAGACGACUCUGGUGAAGAACCUGUUCACCGGCUACAACAAGGUGGUUCGUCCCGUGAACCACUUCAGUGAAGUCGUGGUCGUCACCGUGGGGCUGCAGCUCAUUCAGCUCAUCAGCGUGGACGAAGUGAACCAGAUUGUGACCAGUAACGUUCGUCUCAAACAGAAAUGGCUGGAUGUGAACCUGAAGUGGAAUCCUGACGACUACGGAGGCAUCAAAAAGAUCCGAGUUCCUUCCACCGACAUAUGGAAACCGGACCUGGUUCUAUACAACAACGCCGACGGGGACUUCCACAUCAUCCAUGAAACCAAAGUGCUGCUGGAGCACACGGGGAACAUCACGUGGAACCCACCGGCCAUCUUCAAGAGCUACUGUGAGAUCAUCGUCCUCCACUUCCCCUUCGACCUGCAGAACUGCAGCAUGAAACUGGGAACCUGGACGUAUGAUGGGCUGCUGGUCGCCAUCAACCCAGACAGCGAUCGGCCGGACCUCAGUAACUUCAUGGAGUCGGGCGAGUGGGUGCUGAAGGAUUACAGGAGCUGGAAACACUGGGUGUACUACACCUGCUGCCCCGACACACCGUACCUGGACAUCACCUACCACUUCCUGAUGCUGCGGCUGCCGCUGUACUUCAUCGUCAACGUCAUCAUUCCCUGCAUGUUGUUCUCCUUCCUCACCGGACUCGUCUUCUACCUGCCCACCGACUCUGGGGAGAAGAUGACUCUGUCCAUCUCCGUCCUGCUGUCCCUCACCGUCUUCCUGCUGGUCAUCGUGGAGCUGAUCCCCUCCACCUCCAGCGCCGUUCCGCUCAUCGGGAAAUACAUGCUCUUCACCAUGGUGUUCGUCAUCGCCUCCAUCAUCAUCACCGUCAUCGUCAUCAACACCCACCACCGCUCGCCCAGCACGCACACCAUGCCUCCCUGGAUCCGCAAGGUCUUCAUCGAAACCAUUCCCAACAUGAUGUUCUUCUCGACCAUGAAGCGACCGAGUCAGGAGAUCCGACAGAAGAGACUGUUCCCCACUGACAUGGACAUCUCCGACAUCUCAGGUAACCCCACCCCCACAAGCGUCAACUACCAGUCCCCCAUCAGUAAGAACCCUGAUGUGCGCAGCGCCAUCGAAGGAGUGAAGUACAUCGCUGAGACCAUGAAAUCAGACGAGGAAUCGAACAAUGCGGCCGAGGAGUGGAAGUUCGUUGCCAUGGUAAUGGACCACAUCCUGCUCUGCGUGUUCAUGGCCGUGUGCAUCAUCGGGACGCUCGGCGUCUUUGCCGGGAGACUCAUCGAGCUCAACGUGCUGUACGGGGCCUGAUCCCAUCAGGAUAGACAUUUGUCACCUGGAGAGAUACGAGACAACACAACUCGCUCUGUCUCGCACACAGACAGACAGACACACACUGAGUUGACUGUUGUGUCUCUCGGCCUGUUGUCACCUUCAAUCGGCUGCGUUUGUGUAUUUACUGAAACGCAGGAGACAAUCUGGACGGGUCCUACUUGAAGCUCGUCUCGUCGCUGCCAACCUGGUCUUGUGGUUUUUCUACCUGGUUUUAUCGCUGCCGUCACUCUGCUGAGGAAACGAGUGAAUUCUAAUCAUGGUAGAAACAAACCGUAAACAGGACUAAUUGACAUUAAUGACACUGUCUUGGUCUUUGAGUGCAGACGAGAUGAUUUCCUGUCUGGGGAGUUUUAUUGUUUUGUUUUGCCUGCAGACGCUCAAAUGACUUUUAUAUUUACGGGUUGAGGUUGAGAUCUGUGGCGUAAACUUCACGUCACACGUUUGGAUUCAGAAAUAGAAAAACUACUUUGACUGCUCAUGGGUCAGUGACCUGGUUUGAUUUGUCACUGAUGUGUGUGACUUCCCCUCGACUCUCUUCUCCUUUGUCUUUAAGGCUCAUUUAGUUUUGAAUAUAUAUUUUUUGGAUAAAUGAAUUGAUUCUUUAAUCACAUUGAAUCAGUUUGACCUGAUCUGAAUAUUCUUCAGUGAGGAUCCAUAAAAAAUAGGUUGUAGAUGGAAAUGAUGGUGAACGUAGAACCAGAGUUUGUUUGAGUCGGCAGCGCAGAUGAUUUACCUUUGACCUUCUCUGCUGCUAACUCAUAUUUCAUUAGUUUAAAAUUAGUCCAGAUAAAGGUUGAAACGAUCAUUUGAAUAAAUCGGGUUCGUUUGGGAGUCGUGAGAUGACGAGCGUCGUGUUUUGUGCAGCUUUGACUGAAACAGUUUAUGAUGCAAUGAAAGUGAAGAAUUCCAUGAGGUGUGACUUGUGCGUCGCUGCUGCAGUGUUGCUACGUGUUCACAGCAGAAGGCAACUUGAUUUAUUUUGCAGCCGCGAGACAAGUUCAGUUUAAUAACACAGUAAUGUUCUAUUAAGUUUUUUUGCACUGACCAUUUGUUGUGUUGUUGUUUUUUUUUAUAUUUCUCUUUGUGUAGAUGUGAAAUAGCUUGAAAAAUAAAUCUCGUUCAGUUGACACCUUU